AGUUACACAAGCGAGGACACUACGACUGCACAGAUCGGUCUCAAAAGAACAGUCUGCUGUAGUGAGUUUACACCAGCUGACACAGCAUGUUGCCAGCCAGCAGAUACUCAGGUAAAGCCCACAGGUGUAUCAGGGCAUUGAGGACGGUUCAAACUGAGUAUGCUGCCCCUCAGCUGUACACAACACUACACAGACGGGCAUGCUCUUCUGUGGCAACACCACAAAUCACAACACACUACACCAUCCAUUCUCGAGAUAAAGAUCCAAGAUGGGAAGGUGUGGAAAUGGAGAGGUUUGCCGAUGAGGCAGACGUGGUGAUAGUAGGCGGGGGCCCUGCCGGUCUCUCAGCAGCCAUUCGCCUGAAGCAGCUAGCCAACGAACAUGAGAAGGAGCUGCGAGUGUGCCUUGUGGAGAAGGCCUCUCAGAUCGGAGCUCACACCCUGUCAGGUGCCUGUCUGGAGCCGUCUGCCCUCAACGAGCUCUUUCCUGAUUGGAAGGAACGAGGAGCGCCCAUGAACACCCCGGUGACUGAAGAUGUGUUCAGCAUUUUAACAGAGAAACACAGAAUCCCUGUCCCCAUUUUACCAGGUUUGCCUAUGGGGAACCAUGGUAACUACAUUGUGCGGCUGGGGAACUUUGUGCGCUGGCUGGGGGAGCAGGCCGAGGAGCUUGGAGUGGAGAUCUACCCUGGUUAUGCUGCAGCCGAGGUUUUGUUUCAUGAUGAUGGAAGUGUGAAAGGAAUCGCCACCAAUGAUGUAGGAAUCGGCAAGGACGGUUCACCUAAGGAUGUUUUCGAGCGGGGGAUGGAGCUCCAUGCUAAGGUCACGUUGUUCGGAGAAGGCUGUCACGGUCAUUUGGCCAAGCAGCUUUAUAAGCAAUUCAACCUGCGGGAGAACUGUGAGCCUCAGACCUACGCCAUCGGCCUCAAGGAGGUUUGGACGAUCGAUGAGAAGAAGUGGCGACCGGGCAGAGUGGAGCAUUCUGUGGGCUGGCCGCUGAACAGAAACACAUACGGAGGCUCCUUCCUGUAUCACCUGAACGAAGGAGAGCCGCUCGUGGCCUUGGGCUUUGUGGUGGGUCUGGACUACAGCAACCCCUACCUGAGCCCCUUCAGGGAGUUCCAGCGCUGGAAACACCACCCCUUCGUCGCUCCCACCCUCGAAGGAGGAAGCAGGAUAGCGUAUGGAGCCCGAGCGCUGAACGAGGGAGGACUACAGUCUAUCCCAAAACUGACAUUCCCUGGAGGCCUGCUGAUUGGCUGCAGCCCCGGCUUCAUGAACGUCCCAAAGAUCAAAGGCACCCACACGGCCAUGAAGAGCGGCAUGCUGGCUGCUGAGGCCAUCUUCCCCAAAGUCACAGCAGAGAGCACCGAGUCGGAGACCACGGGUCUUCAUGUACCCGAGUACUCUGAUAACUUGAAGAACUCGUGGGUGUGGAAAGAGCUGCACGCGGUGAGGAACAUCAGGCCGUCCUUCCACAACUACUUCGGCCUGUACGGAGGCAUGGUCUACACCGGGGUCUUCUACUGGAUCUUCAGAGGGAAAGAGCCGUGGACCCUCAAACACUGUGGCCUUGACGCCCACCAGCUGAAACCAGCCAAAGACUGUACACCCAUUGAAUACCCAAAGCCCGACGGCAAGCUCAGCUUCGACCUGCUCUCCUCGGUGGCACUGAGCGGCACCAACCACGAGGGGGACCAGCCCCCACAUCUGACCCUGAGAGACGACAGCGUGCCUGUCAACAGGAACCUGGCCAUCUACGACGGGCCCGAGCAGCGCUUCUGCCCUGCAGGUGUGUACGAGUACGUUCCCUUGGAAACCGGAGACGGGAUGAGGUUGCAGAUAAACGCUCAGAACUGUGUCCACUGUAAGACCUGCGACAUCAAGGACCCGAGCCAGAACAUCAACUGGGUUGUGCCUGAAGGCGGCGGAGGGCCCGCCUACAAUGGAAUGUGAACGCCAUGUUUUUUUUUACUUUUGUCUUGAGAAAUAUAACGUAUUGUAUCUCGCAUUCAGGGCAGAGUGCGGCAGACGUGCCUGAAUAUGAAUCAGAAUAACUAGAGAGCUGGUUUUGAGCGUUUCAUGAAAAAUAUAGCUGCGUUUUCAGAUGUAGAAUAAUUUAUACAGAGGAACAGGAAAUUAAAUUAAGUGGGAAGGAGUUUUGAGACUGUAAAAUACAGGACCAUAAAAAAGGACUUUAAAAAUUGUUUUCAGUAGUUUUUUUUUCUUAAAAUCCACACUGAGCUUUCAAUCGGCUCAGACGCACCAAAAGGAAAUCGAUUUGUUGUUUUUAGAAGCAUUAUACCGACGAGCAAUGGAGCAUAUAUUCCCCUCAAGAACUGUAACAGAACACUUAUUGUUAUGCAGGUUUAUUGCAGGUACAGAGACAGUAUUGUACAUAUCAUUAGAUAAUAACCACAGUAAUUAAUAAAGAACACUUUGACUGUU